AUGUCGUACACCGACGAGGCCCUCAAGGCCAAGCUCUCGACGCUCAACGAGACACAAGAUAGUAUUGUCUCCGUUUCACAAUGGAUCAUGUUUCAUAAGAGACAUGCAGAUCGCAUCGCAAACUACUGGCUCACCCGUCUCCGCGAUUCACCGCCAGCGAAACGCCUCAACUUCAUCUACUUGGUCAACGACAUCGUCCAAAACGCGCGAGCCCGGAAGCGUUCUGAAUUUCCGGAUGCCUUUUCACCUUUGAUGCCAGAGGCCAUCCAGACCGCUUAUCGCUCUUCACCACCUGAGAUUCAAGGCAAGAUCCGGCGUGUGGUUGAAGUAUGGCGAACACGGAAUGUGUUUGAGGUCCCGAUCUUGGAUGCCAUCGACGCACGAGUCGACGAAGUCGACAAAUCAAAGGGAUCCGGGGGCAAGAAGACCCUCAUGGGCAACUCACUCUUUGGCUCAACUUCCUCUUCAGGCGCCAUGCCAAAGGAACUGGAAAGUCUGGCGCCAUUGCAAAUCGCCGUGACCAAGGAGACCAUCUCCGCCAGACCCGCCAUCGACAACGCACAGAACGAGUACACCAAACUCAAUGAUCCGGAAGCAGUGCUACCGAGCCCCCCUGUCCAUGCCGCACGGCUGUCAAGCCUGAUCAAGUCCCUUGCGGCGGCUGAAUCGUCUGUGUCAGCGAGUAUCAAGGCCAGAAAGGCGCUGAUCGCAGAUCUUGAACGAAUCCUGGAAAUCAACAAGACGGCUUUGGCGAAGGAUGAGGAGACGUACCUGACGCUGGAAAGUCGGAAGACUAGCACCGAAGCCAAGAAGAGAGAGGUCGAAGAUGCCAUUAUUCGUGGACUAUCUUCAGCCGAGGUAGCAUCAUCUGAACAUUUCGGUGGCACCGGCACGGGGGGUGCGUCAGCUGGCAACGAUGCCGCACUCAACGACGUUGGUGGAAACAACCUCAGUGGCGAAACCGCAGCGAGUCACUUCCUCUCCGAACGCCCAGAAAUCGAAGAACUUACUGAUGACGAGGGUGACUUUAUGCCCCAUGGUAUGUUCGAUCAACCUCCCCCCAGCACUGCACAGUGGGAUCAAUCAGCUGCUGCGCCUGCCGCCCCUGCAUCUCCGGACCUAGCAAGUUUUCGACCCAACAACCCCGCCGUUGCAGCAGCCCUGGCUGAUUUCUCCGGUAUCGCCGCGACGCCGACACCGGACUAUACGGCGUUUCUACCCGGCAGCCACACGAACGCGCCAGCGAUGCCGCGCGUCCGCUCGGCAAGUGGUGGGCAGGGCGUCAACGGGUUCGGAGCCAAAAGGCGGAAAAUAUCUCACGGUGGCGACGAACAGGUUCCUGAUCUGGGCGAAAUGGGGAUGGAAGAAUUCGGACAACCGCAAGGCCACGAUCAGGGCACAGGCGCUUUCGGUGGUACCCUCCCGGGGCUAGGAGCACCGCAGGCAAGUCCCCGAGGCGACGAUCUCCUGAAGAAUCUAGACGAGGACGUGGAUGAACUGCUGAGGCAAGAGGCCGCUCGAGGCCAGAAUCAAGUGCCGGGACUUUAA